GGUGAACUGGAGAGUACUCGGAGUUUGGUGGUGGUGAUAACCUGCCUCCAACAUCUUGAACUAUUAAACUGAAUUCUGAGUCCUGUUUUUGAGAUUUUGAUGCAUCAACUCAACUCCGCCAGACCGGCCUAAGAUUCCUCCAACAUCACAGAAUUUUGAUGGAAAAUUGUCUAGACUACAGUGAGUGAACACUGCAAGGUGAAUUUUGUUCACUUGAGCAGGUUUUGCUGACAUAGUCAAAAUGAAGCAUUACUGGGAGCAGCAGACACUUGGGUUCUUAUUGCUGUUGUGCCUUUGGAAAUGUACUGGAUCUUCAUUCGUGGAAGUGAAUCGUGGCAUGAGAGUGCCGAAGGGGCAGUCUGUGUUCCUGGCAGAGGAGGACCUGCAAUUCAAGAUCCCCAAGGAGAAAGAUGCCUGCAAGCUGGAGGUAGUCAUCAAUGAACCUAUUACACAGCGAGUGGGGAAGCUGACACCUCAGGUCUUCGAUUGCCAUUUCCUUCCCAAUGAGGUGAAAUACACCCACAAUGGCUGUCCCAUCCUGAACAAGGACCAAGUCAUGCUCAGACUUUACAGGUUUACAGAGACGGAAACCUUCACUGAAACAUUCAUUCUCAGCAUUCAGCUACUGGAGUCUGACUGCAACAUCAUCCGCCUGGGUUCAACACCACUGGAGGUCCCUGAGUUUUACGAUUUAUCCAACUCCAUCGAUAGGAACGUACUUACAUUCCAUUACGACAAGUCAAUGAAUCUUAACUGCACCGUACGAGUGGCCACUUCAGAAACUCUUCUUCCAGGAUAUGGAGAGCUUGUAAUAGGAAAGCUGCCAAGAGGAGAGGUCUGGGGUGACCAGCCACACAGCUUUGUACGGAUCAGGCAGAAGUCUAAAUGGAGACUAGGAUCAAGCCACGAGGACCUCAAGCAGAUUCAUACAUUCAAAGUGAGCUGUGACGAAUUCCUUAUGAUGGGACUUCGCUACCACCACCUCAGUCCCCCUUCUCCUGAUGUAGACUACAUUGCAAUUGGCUUGGAACUUGUUGACAGCAGAAGCAAAAAUGUGCACAAGACAGAGAAUAUUUGGAUCCCAGUCAGAAUCAGGAAUGCUUUUCCCAACCAACCCCCAAAGGCCACUUUCAUGGCUAUGUUCAUCCUGGAGGUGGAUCAGUUUAUCCUGACUUCCUUGACAACGGACCUGGAUGGUGAGGAUAGCGAGACCCCUAAGGCCCAGCUUGUGUUCAAUGUAACCAGACCACCUCCGCAGGGCUACAUCACUCACUUGUCCGACCACACCAAGCCAAUCACGUCAUUCACCUGGAGCGACCUGAAUGAGCUGCUCAUAGCAUAUCAGCCCCCAAACAGCAGUCACACUGAGAGAAGGAACUACGAGGUAGAGUUCGAAGUUCACGACUUCUACUUCAGGAACAGUGCACCAAUUUUGGUGCAUAUCUCAAUAAGGACGGCUGAUACCAACUCUCCCAGAGUAUCCUGGAACAUGGGACUUAAUCUACUGGAAGGCCAGUCCCGAUUGAUUACCUGGGAGCAGCUCCAGAUCGUGGACAAUGAUGACCUCAGUGCUGUCCGUCUGAUCACUGUGGAGGGCCUGCAGCAUGGACGACUUACAGUAAGAGAUGGAAAAGGUUUCAUUUUUACUGUCAGCGACAUCAAGGCUGGUGCCGUUCGGUAUCAUCAUGACGACAGUGAUACCACAAAGGAUUUCAUAACUUUCCGAAUUUUUGAUGGUCAUCAUAGUACCCGGCACAAAUUCCCAAUUAAUAUCUUGCCGAAAGAUGACAGUCCUCCAUUCCUCAUCAACAACGUUAUCUUUGAGCUGUGUGAAGGCCAAACAAUUCUGAUCGAGAGAUUUAUGCUUCAGGCCUCGGACAUGGACUCCAGUGAUGACUACAUUCUCUUCAAAAUCACCAAAUCCCCUGAAGCUGGAGAAAUCAUGAAGAAAACAGCUCCCGGAAUCACAGGUUAUCCUGUCAACCGGUUCCUGCAGAGGGAUCUCUUUAAUGCUGUGAUCCACUACCGUCACCUAGGAGGAGAGGUGUUUGAAGACUCCUUUGAGUUCAUUCUAUCUGACAGCCACGACCCACCGAACCUCUCAGAACCCCAGACGGUAAUUGUGCACAUAACCCCUGUGGAUGACCAGCUACCCAAAGAAGUACCUGGCACUGUUCGGCAACUCGUUGUCAAGGAAACCGAGACAUCAUGCCUGACAAAGAAGCAGCUGCACUUCACAGACACAGAAUCCCCUGACAGAGAGCUGAUAUAUACAAUAACAACUCUGCCAUUCUUUACCUCCACUGUGGGCUUGCCUGAUGCAGGGAAAUUGUUUCUGACAGACAGCAUGAACAAACUGAACAAAGAUGCCAGUGUCCCAAUGCUGAGGUCCUUCACACAGCAUGCUGUCAACUACCUGAAAGUAGCCUACAUGCCUCCUGUUCAGGAUAUAGGACCCGACUCACAGCACCUUCAGUUUCACUUCUCAGUCAGCAAUCAACAUGGUGGAACUUUAAUUGGCCUCUGCUUCAAUAUCACAGUUCUUCCUGUUGACAACCAAGCACCAGAGAUCUACACAAACCUGCUGAGAGUGGAGGAGGGUGCCACAUCUCAAAUUACCGCGCAUCACUUGCUGGUAACUGAUAUUGAUACCAAAGAGGAGAAUAUCAGGGUGCUGCUACAGAGGAAACCAAUGAACGGAGAGGUUGAAGUGGAUGGAGUCAUCAUGAUUGAAGGGGAUAUGUUCACCUUGAAAGAUCUCAAGAAAACUAAAGUUAGUUACAGGCAUGAUGAUUCUGAGACCCUGCAAGACAAAAUCAUCUUUUCCGCUACAGAUGGAUUCAACUCAGCUGAAUGUGUUUUGGAGGUGCAGGUGUUGCCAGUGAAUGACAAGCCUCCAGAGAUGAAGCCAGGACUGAACCCCAUGUUAUACUGCCUUGAAGGAGAGCACAUUACCAUUACCACAGAAUACCUCUACGCUGCUGAUAUGGAUAGCGAUGACUCCAAACUUAUGUUCAUGAUUGUGCGGCAACCACUGUAUGGGAUUGUGCGCAAAAACAGCCAAAUCGUCGAUCGCUUUACUCAAGCUGAUGUUAUCGCCGGCACAGUCACAUACAGCCACAUUAGUGGGGAGGUCGGUUUGAAUCCCUGCUUUGACACCAUCACUUUUGUUGUCUCGGACUGGGAUGCAGGCACAGUGGGAGGCUGUUGCUAUGAGGAGCCUGUUUCCCCCCCAAGAUCUCUGCAUGACUCUCUCCCCGUGUAUGACCUCAACAUCACAGUCAUGCCCAUCAACAACCAGCCGCCGACCAUUAAGAUCGGUCCAAUGUUUGUCGUUGAUGAGGGCUCCACUGCAUGCAUCACACUUUCCCACCUCGAUGCCAGUGACCAGGAUACUCCGCUGGAGGCACUGACUUUUGUUCUGGUGUCACCUCCCCAGUUUGGCUUCAUUGAGAACACUCUGCCUUCACCGGGCUAUGAGAAAAGCAACACCGGUAUCAGUAUAGGUUCAUUUGCUCUGAAACAUGUGAAGGAUUCUUAUAUAAACUAUGUUCAGUCUCGACACCAGAGGAUUGAGCCUACCGCAGAUCAGUUCAUGCUGUAUGUUACUGAUGGGGAGCACCGGUCCAGAGAGAAGCCAUUUUAUGUUGUAAUUCACCCUACAAAUGACGAGAUACCAGAUUUUCUUGCCAGGAAUAUCACUGUACCCGAAGGUCAAAUGUGCGAAUUGGGUCCAUCAAUAAUCAACGUGGUGGACUUCGAUGUGCCCCCGGACAACCUGAUGUUCACUGUGACCCAGCAGCCACAGCACGGGAUGAUGGUGAAUGGAGUGUUUGGGAAAGAUGUUAAUCGAUACAGUCACCGGCACCAGGAACUCCCUGUCCGUGACUUCACGAUGGAUCAGCUGAAGCAUGGAAUGAAACUGAUGUAUAUGCAUGAUGACUCUGAAACUACAGCCGAUAGCUUCACAGUGCAGUUGUCAGAUGGCAAGCACAAGAUCCGCAAAGCCAUUUCAGUCCAAGUCCUUCCAAUCAAUGACCAGAAGCCUUUACUCAUCAGGAAUAACGGCCUUGAGAUGGAGAUGGGGGAAACACGAAUCCUUUCCAGUGUUGUGCUCGUGGCUGAAGACAAGGACACCCCCAGGGAGCAUGUUUAUUACAUGAUACAAAGUGCCCCUAAACAAGGAGUGCUUCAGCUCAAGGUGGGCAACAAUUGGAUACCUCUGAAUCCAGCAAUGAACUGGAGUCAGGACGACCUGGACAUGAAUCUAGUGAGAUACGUACACACUGGAGCACUGGGUUCAAAGGACCAGGACAGGUUUAGUUUCCAUCUGUCAGACGGUGAUAACCGGUCACCAGUGCAUCAUUUUUAUGUCACCAUUAGGAACAUGGAAAAAGGUGAAAUUGCAGUGUUUCUCAAACCACUUGCCCUUGCCAAGGGAGGCCGAGGCAUUCUGACUACAGCCGAACUCCUUGCUGCCGAUGGCACUGAUAAACCCGAAGAGCUGCUAUAUGUAAUAACAGCCCCGGCAAAAUAUGGACAAGUGGAAUACAUCGGUCACCCUGGAUUAGUAAUAACCAGCUUCACCCAGAUGGACGUAGCGGCUCAGACAGUCUGUUACACUCACAGCAGCAAGGCGGAUGUCACAAGAGAUUCAUUCCGAUUCAUUGUCAGCAAUGGGCUGUCCAGCAGAAACGGAAGCUUUGAGAUCAUCAUUGAAAACGCUGAUCGUACCUUGCCCACCCUAUCGAAAAACCAGGGGAUCCAUUUGGUUGAAGGUUCCAUGAUUGUCAUUGCCCCAGAAGUGCUACAUCUGUCUGAUCCUGAUACUCCAUCCAGGAAUCUGACCUACAUCAUAGCACAGCAUCCACAGUAUGGGCAGCUCUAUCUCAGAGGGACCGUUCUUCAACAGGACAACUUCACGCAGUUGGACAUUGACAAUAUGGAUGUAGCUUACAAACAUGGUGGAGGGGAUUCACAGAUUGACAGGUUCACCUUUAUAGUCUCUGAUAGGAGCAACCAAGGCUUCCUGGUCAAUGGAAAGAUGCAGACUGAGCCAGCUACAUUCACAAUCGAGGUGGACUACGUGGACAAGGCUGCCCCAAGGAUAAUUUACCUUCGAUGUCCAUCAAAAGUUGACGUUUUGAAAAAUGGACGAUAUGGAAUUUAUAUCUCUUCUCGAUCCUUGAAGGCAUCAGAUAUUGACAGCAAAGAUGAAGAGAUUAUUUUCCGCAUCCUGAGCCCUCCACUCUUUGGGUACCUGGAAAAUGUCACUAGCGGAGGAUUCAUUCAUAAUACGUUCACACAAAGGGACCUGAAUAGCAAGACCAUCCUUUACAUCAUUAACCCCUCUGUGGAGGUGACAUCCGACACUCUGGAAUUUCAGGUUUCAGAUCGCACAGGAAACUCGGCCAUCCCUCAAAUUCUCGAACUCAAAUGGUCUCGUAUUGAAAUGGCAUUGUCUGAGUAUCAAGUUUGUGAAGAUGGAGGAACGCUGUCGGUGAAAGUGGUGAGGACUGGGUACUCCAUGGAAUCAUCUUUUAUUGGUAUAAAGGUUAAUGACAUUUCAGCUCGUGCCGGAAAGGAUUUCACUCACAGUUCUGCCAACUUAAUUCAGUUUGAUCCAGGCGUUUCAGUAAAGGGCUGGAACAUCGUAAUUCUCAGAGAUGCUCUGGAAGAAGAAAAGGAAACUUUUGAGGUCCUACUUGAGUCUCCAGUGAAUGCAGUUCUUGGUGCAAAGACAAAAGCAUUGGUCAAAGUCAUUGAUACCAGAGGAGGCCGCUGUAGAAAUGAGGAGCACUCACCAGUGUUCAGAGAUGGAAUAAAUCCUGCUUUCAGGUCUUUGACACAUCGUGUCCACGGCUCUGUCCGUGUUGAAGAAAUUCCAAACUCCCAGCCACGAGCAGAGGGGAACCAGUCCCGUGGGGAUGUACCACAGGAGCUGCCGUCACAACGAACUUCCAAGAGCAGACUCCGGGCCAUUGGAAACGGCAGAAUGAUACGACCAUCAUCAACAUACAGGAAUGGGACUGAUCUCAUAUUCACGUACCAUGGAUUAAUGUCGCUGAGGGUCGAGGAUGACACCGCUCCUUUUACCUCCAAUAAAAGAGCAAAAGUGCUGGUCACCAGCCGAGGACAGCAACAUUUUCCUGGAGAGCCAGAACUUCCACAGGCUGACAAAGCAGCAGCAACGCAACAGUCUCGCAUUCUGACGGGAAAGCAGGCUUAUUCUGCUGCAGCUUUUACGAAGCGCUGCACUCCAGAACUCCAAGGCCUCUUGUACUUUGACCAAAGUGCUCAGAAGCUGCUGAGAUGUGAUGGAAUUGCAUGGAAACCAUGGAACCCAACCACUGAGGAGAUCAGUGCCAAAAAGUGUCCACCUGGAUGGAGUUAUCAUGAGAAUCACUGCUAUUAUCUGAGUAGUGAGCAUAAAGCAACAUGGACUGGAGCAGCUCGAGCCUGCAAGGAAAUGCACCAGGGAAGUCUUGUGAGUGUCCACUCCAAACAAGACAUGACAUGGCUGUGGGAUUUCAGUGGAAGAAGACCUUUCUGGAUUGGUCUCAAUGAUAGGAUGAGUCUUGGCAAAUGGGAAUGGGCCGGAGGAGAUCCUGUGGUCUUCACAAACUGGAAACGAGGCCCUCCUCACACAACAAAGAAGAAAGGGAAGAACUGCGUGCUGGUGAGGAGAAGAGGAAAGUGGCAGGUGAAAAACUGUAAGCGGGGCAAGCCACACCACUACAUGUGCUCAGUUCACUAAUAAGUGCAGGAAUAUUCACAUUGAGACCAAUGUGUACAUAUUGUAGUGCUAUAGUAUUUAUUUACAAUAUGUGGAUGUGCACAAACACACUUUUUAUAUUUUGGGGAGGGAGGGAGGUGGGGGUGGGGUUUGGUGCUUGGCUUUGCCUGUCACUGCAAGGUUCUGUGUGUCACUGCAGCAGAAUAUGUAUGUUUGGCUCUUGGAAUGAGAUGAUGGAAGGGUUUCUGAUUGUCAUUACUAAACUUAACGACUGCUGAAAAAUAGUUACAGCAUGCUGUGAACGUCGUCAGAACCAUUAACGGUAUGAAGCUUUGUUCAAACUAAUGACUGGCCUUUAAGUGUAGCGACUGACCACGUGCAAUUAUAAUGGGAAUUCAAAGUGCAUAUGGCAUUAGGCCUUAAAAUGGGAAAAGCAUUUUGCAAGUCUUGUCUGUUUGGCACUUAGUAACUAUCAGGCUCCAUUUCCCGACGCAAAUGAACUUUCCAUUAUGUAUUUAUAAUGGAAAAAAUUUGCUCGUGUUAGCAAUCAGCGAACAAAUCAUGUUACUACGUCACCUGUGUUACUAAACGGUGUAGCUGUUUUUGUUCCCUACUGCGAUAAACUCUGGCUUUUUCAGGCUUAACCUCCAUUUCAGUGUUGCAGUAAAAUUCUUCUCGCUCAGCACUCCAAAAGACUUUUGUUUUGGAAGGAAGAGAAAGGGCUGCGUGGGGUGGUUUGUCGGGGCUGAAUCACAACUCAUAAAUUAAAGAGUGUACGAGAGAGGCCUGUGACCCUGACUAACCUGUGUAGGGAGGAAGUAUAUGGGAGGGUGGGGGGUGGCGGAUACGUUAUUCAGAAAGCACACUUCAAAUGGUUUUGUCAGUAACUUUUGAAGACUGCUGUAUUUUCAUGCAGUGAUUCUAAACUUGUGAGUAAUGACACAGUGGACAUGUGGAACACUGUGAGAGUGAAAACUUGUUGGAUCACAUUUGUUCUCCCUCCCACCACCCCCCGAUUGUACCGUACAAUUGUUUACCAAGUAGGAUUUCUAAUGCAGCACUCGCUGUUUAUAUUUCCCAGUGUGAACUGAGCAGGUUAUGUUGAUAUCAUUGCCUAGCAAAUUAUACAUUUGCAAGAGUCUUAUCAUUGCUGCAUUCUGAAUUCAGCACUGUGUACUUUCACGCAAUAGUAGCAAAGCAAAGGCUUUGAGUACUUAAGAGUCAUUACACAUUUUCAUUAUAGAUAAUCUGCACCACUGAAGCGCAGUGCUUCAGGAUGAUUUUCACAUCACAGACAUAUUUAAUAGAUUGCUUACAUUUCUUGUUGACAUUUGUUUUAUGCAGGCCACUGUGCACAUUUGUAAUGAAUCACAAGUCAGCCUAUUUCUAAAGUUCUGCAACUUUCUUGAUAAAUCUAUGAGGGCUGCGAGUUUGCAUUGAAUAACAUUUCACAUAGAUCCUGAUCAUUGUCAGAAAUCCCUCAUUUUCCAUGUUUCUCCCCUAAACUCUGGAUCAUAUCUACUUUUCCUGAAUUUUAUUUGUUUCUAGACACGUAGAAGGAACAUUGAACUAUUUAUUAAUAGAAAUGUGUUGAUUAAAAAAAUAAAGGUUUUACUUAAACAUGCAUAUUCUCUAUUAACAAAUCCAUUAAUGUAUCAUGGGCUGUUCUAUAUUGGUAUGACAAUGAUAUACUUGAAGUGGAAGCUUAAUAAACAAUAUUCAUUGUAAAUAUUACAGUAUUACUGAAAUCUGACUUCUUGUGCCAUGUAAUACAAUGGGCAGCUUCUACAAUACAUGAACAUGUACCACUUGUAACCAAGUUGCUAUACGUUGGACUUAUUCUGCGCUGUGUACUCCAUGUAGCCUAUCCCUUCCCUUGCUAAGCACUGUUUCCUUUUGUUCUGUAAGUUUUGUAAUGUGCCUCUAGUAACUUAUAAAUAAGCCCAACAUAAUUCUGAAGCUUAAUACUGAGCUGGAGGUAUUUAGAAGGGCACCGAGACAAAUACACUAAAGAUACCAAAAAGAGAAUAGUGCUUAGCUCCCAGCAAGGAAUGCAACAAUGUAACGCAUGGGGCAGAAUAAUCUCCAUUGUUUGUUUACUGACAACAUUGUAAGGGAAUUUUGUUUAACAAACCUGCAUGACUAUCCAAAUAUAUAAAGGAAAUGGAUGUAAUUGUGUACUUAUAAACAGUUAUGUACAAAGAUAUAUUUUGUAUCAUAAAAGAAAUUGGUUGAUCAGUGAACUUUGUGAAACAGAUCCCGAGUGAUCCCUUCAAACGCUGACUGCUGAAUAUAUUAAUGGCAUUCUACAAACACGAAUAAUUCAAACUACAAUAAAUAAAGGUUUAUCAGUUAAAGCAAGGGUCUCAAAGCACACAGAGCAGAGAAACACUGAACCUUGAGAUUGUCAUGUUUUUUUUCAUUCUAAAUAGAGGAUAAGUAUAACUUCUUAAUUGAAAGCAACUCUAAUUCAUAGUAAUUUGCUUACCUUUUUUGCUGACAUAAAGCAUUUUGUGUGUGUGUGUGUGUGUAUUUUCGUAAUCACACGUGAUUUAAUGAUGCCUAACAUGGAAGGCACUGCAAUUUAUAAAUCGGCUGAUUAACGUCUUGAGCCUGCCAAGGCAUUACUACUAGCUCUUCACAGCAAUACCUUGGGAUUAUAUCAAACACUGUUAAAUUUCAGUGCAUUGAAUAGGUCUUAUCUAUAGCUAUAAAUGGUGAUUG